CACAGUUUCACAUAGAUUAGCCUUGAAGACUUAUCUCAAGACAGAAAGAGCGAUGCAAAAUAACGCGAGGGUGAAAACAGCUUAUUGACAAGUGCCAGAUGUUUCUCAAUCAAUCAGCCUUGCUGGCACUUACCUAUAUAGUUCUAGAAAUUCAUUCUAAUUUAGCUAAGAACAGUGUUGGGCUUGGAGGGAGAUCAAAGGAGACAGUUAAUGGAAAGUGGGACAAAUUAAGUAGCGAUAUGUCUGAAUACUCAUGGAUCUGGAGCUACAAAAAAUGGACAAUACUGGAGAAGGGCGAGUUUAUGUUACAUUUUGUUAUUCAUCGCUAAUUCAUAAUUUUUAUAAUUGUGCUGCAUCAUAUUUUUCAUCAUAAGAUUACAACCUUUUCUAUGUUCAUUAUUCUGUUGUAUCCCUCUUUUCAUUAGAUAGAUUCAAAAAAGUUG